ACUCUAAUGCCAAACGUCCCCUAACAACGUCUCCCCCAGUAGUUGUACUCUGCCCAACAGAUGUUGUACCUUUUGUGACAUUUCUAAUCUGUAAUUUUCUCCGUCUACUCGCCGCCGCUUAAACCCUGGAACUCCACCCCCUCCACUCCAUACCACCACCAGGUCCACCACCACUCUCCCCACGGCCAUUGCCACACACACAAACACACAGUGAAAAACACUGAUAUCUAGAAUCAACAAACUGAAAAACAAUUCACUUCAAUAAAAAAAAAAAACUCCUCCUUUUUUAAAUUAAUUCCAGAAUGUCGUUCCACUCCGUCGUAAUCCAGAAACUCCUCACCACAAACGCCCACAUCGGCCGCCGCGUGACGGAGCACCACUUCAAGAUCUUCUCCGAGGGCACCCGCAACGCCGUCAGCGUCAUCGAUUCCGACAAGACCCUAAUCUGCCUCCGCAACGCCUGCAAUUUCAUCGGCCACCUCGCCCGCAGCAACGCGCGGUUCAUCUUCGUCAACACCAAUUCCCUCUUCGACGAAAUCAUCAACCAGAUGACCAAAACCGUCGGGAUUAAGAACGACACCACGUGGCGCCUCGGGGGAUUUCUGACGAACAGUUCGAGCCCUAGGAAAUUUCGCGGGAGGAACAAAAAAUUCAAUCUCGGCUCCGUUCAGGCUCCCGAUUGUAUCGUGAUCUUCGACACCGAUCGGAAGAGCUCGGUGAUUAGGGAGGCGUACAAUCUGCAGAUCCCCAUUGUUGGGCUGGUUGAUUCCAGCAUGCCUUGGGAUAUUUACAAGAGGAUAACUUAUCCUAUACCUGCUAAUGAUUCUGUUGAGUUUGUGUAUUUGUUUUGUAAUUUGAUCACCAAGACUAUCUUGAAAGAGCAGGAGGCCAUGCCCAAAAUCGAUGAGAAGUUAUUAACAGGAGGAGACGUCGAACAAGAUGACCAGAUUGAUAAGACGGCCAAUAAAUUUGUCUUUGCUUAUGAAAACUUACAGGCUCUCCCGGAUGAUAGCACAGAAACCAAGCAGCUUUUGGACAAGCUUGUCAUUUUGAAGUUUAACGGUAGUCUGGGGACUAAGAUUGGCUUUAACGGACCCAAAUGUGCUAUGGAAAUUGGUGCUGGUUUGACAUGCCUCGACUUGAUAAUCCAUCAAAUCGAGGCUCUCAAUGCAAAAUAUGGAUGCAAUAUUCCUCUGCUUUUGGUGAAUGGAGUCAAUGUACACGAGGAUAUAUCCAAGGUGUUGGAGAAGCACUCGGAUAAGAACAUUCAUUCUGCUAUACAGAGUCAGGAUCACCUAGAAGACGCUGACAACCUUCUGCCUUCCUCAGCUAAAGGGCGUGAUAAACAGGAUGAAAUGAAUUCCGUCAAUCUUGCUAAGGUCUUUGCCCCAUUGGUGGAUGCUGGGAAAUUGGAUAUACUAUUAUCACAGGGGAAAGAGUAUAUCCUAAUGCUGACUUCAGAUAAUCUUGCUCAUGUUGUUGACCCAAAAAUCUUAAACCAUUUGAUUCAGAACAAUGUUGAUUUCUGUUUGGAGGUCAUGCCUAAAUCCUCUGAAUUAGAAGAGAAGAUGCUUUCACCAAAUGAAGAAGAUAUUCCGAUUCUAACGCCCAAGAAAGAUUGGAAAUUCAUUGACACAAUGUGGAUGAAUAUCGACUCUGUCCAAGGCAUUAUGGGAAGAGUUUCAGCAGAAAACCACUUGAACAUUUCAAAGCUGUUUGAUCAGCAUUUUGCUUUAAGUGUUCCUAAGUCGAGAUAUAUUCCAGUAGAAACAACGUCAGACCUAUUUCUGCUGCAGUCCGAUCUGUACACCCUUACGGACGGCACCCUGACUCGAAAUACAGCUAGAGAAAAUCCCUCUGAUCCGUCCAUUGAAUUGGAACCAUUAUUUGAAAAUGUCGACGACUUUAAACAACGCUUCAAGUCAAUUCCUAGUGUUGUUGCCCUUGACAGCUUAGAUGUGACCGGUGAUGUUUGGUUUGGAACCGAUAUUACUCUCAAGGGAAAAGUCAGCAUCCAUGCUAGACUGGGAAUGAAGAUAGUAAUUCCCGACGGAACUGUGCUUGAAGAUAAGAUUAUUACUAGCCAAAAUGACCUUGGAGGAGUAUCCUUGUAGUUUUAUCGAGUAAACAAUGCCAGAAAUUUGAUGAAUUUUGCUUUUAAGUUUUCUAGAUCUAGGAACAUUCUUCUUACACUAUCCCUGUUAAGGAACUUCGCAUCUAUAAAUACAAUAAUCUUCCUGGGUGAGUCUAGUCUCGUUUUCAAGAGAAUUACUAGAUACAAAACCCCUCGUUCGAUUUUAUUGCCUGUUUAAGAUUAGCCUUGAGAAAGGAAGAAAACAUUUUUAUCUAAUAUCGCAAAUCCGUUGUAGCCAAUGGAAGAAGCCAGUGCACUGGUGAUUUUGUUUAUUUACUUGUUAUAUUUGUUUUUAUGCUGAGCCAGUAGAACAAGUUGUAGCUCUGAGGACACUGUAUUUUGCAUUUCAUAGUAUUCACUAUUCAUUAAUUUUUCCAUUAUAAAGCUGUGUAUUGUAAGCAAUGUUUAAAGGAUGCAAAAUGUGUCACUGCUCUGAAUUCUCCAGAGAAUAUUUAAUUGUUGUGU